AUGGCCCUGGCGCGAGCACCGGUGCUCGCGCCGACCCGCGGAUGCUGCUCUGCUGCGGCGCUCCCGAGCGGCGGGUCCCGGCGCUGCCCGGCGCCGUGGGGGGCGGCAUGCCGCCAGGCGUUGGUGGCGUGGAAGCUCUCUGUAGCUUUGUUGGCUUGCGCCCGCCAGAGGCGCCAGACCCGGCUGCGAGCAGAAGAGGAGUCGGCCUCUCCAGGACUCGGCGAGGAGGAAGACCUCCUGGGCCGGCGCCUGCGGAUUUGGUUCGUCUCGGAGGAGGAGUUGGCGGACUACGAGUACGGCACGAUCUCGGCCGUGGGGGGUCACCAUCCAGUGGGAUGGGCAAGGUGA